AUGUCCGCCUCCAAAGCCUCCUCCCUGCGCGCCCUCCGGACCCUCGCUGCCAACAGCAGACAAGUCCCCCGGCGCCACCUCCACAUGACCGGCCCCGCCGAAUUCCCCUCGCCAGCACUCGUCGCAGGCCGCCCGUCCGCCAGCACGAAAGACCUGACGGCCGCCAUGGACGCCGCCUCCAAACGGCCGUCGAUGGAGCCCUCGGAAACCUCAACCCCAGCCGUGCGCCACUUCAACACGAGCCGCAGCCUCAAGGCCGUCAACGACAACUCGACAAUCGACUUCAUGUACAUCCCGGACUUCGACCCGGACCUGGACGCCGACGCGCCCAUGAUGCGGGUCCCGCUGCUGCCGCAGACUAAGGCGUCGCAGCCUCUGUACGACAUCGAGGCUCAUGAGACUCCGGUCAUGGAGCCCCAGAUCUAUACGGUCGCGGCCGAUGGCACCCAUAUUAGCGCUCCGGCUGCCAUGUCAGACGUGCACGACAACGCCGCCAUGAACAUCGAUUUCGAGGGCUUGGCCAACCAGGCCACGAAGACGGUGACGGGGAAGUCGGUCGAGGAGCAGGUGGGCACCGUCAAGCAGGUCUGGAACGGGCUCUUGGAUGACCUGUUCGGACCCAAGGCCUCGAAGGCCUAG